AUGGGCAAAAAGAAGAAAAAUGAAAAUCUGGAAUUGGUUGUUGCAGAAUUUAAGGUAUCAAUGCAUUGUAAUGCAUGUGAAAGAACAGUCGCUACGGCCAUUUCCAAGUUGAAAGGGGUUGAGAAAUUUACUACAAAUAUGAAGAAGCACGAAGUUGUGGUUACGGGGCGGAUUGAUCCACAAAAAGUGAUGAAGAAACUGAAGAAAAAGACAGGGAAGAGAGUGGAGAUUGUGGUUAAUAAUAAUAAGAAGAAAGGGUCGCCAAAACCUGGGAUUGAUGAAGGAAAUAAUGGCAAGCGACCAGUUGGUGAGAUAUGGUUGUUUGAUUUUUGUAAAGAGAGUGAAGUAUUAACGAUGUUCAGUGAUGAGAAUCCAAAUGCUUGUUUAAUUAUGUAA